GGCUGAGGAGUCAAAGCUUGCCGGUCCUUCCCACUCUUCCCGUUCUUUUACCCGUUACCUUUCCCCAGCUCUCUGCCAAUCUAUUUUUUAUUUUUACCAAUCCAGACCCUCAAUUACCAUCCCCGCUCUACUCACACAUCGUCCUAUGCUCUGUGGUUUGGGGUGGGUCCCAGUCCAAAACAAGGACAGCAAGAACUUAAGCGAGACUAACCUGCUGGAGACGUUUUUCCUUUUUGAUAUAUUCUUCAAGGAACUUGGAUACAAGAGGAAAUAAUGUGAUUCUUUUUCCUUUUUUUUUUUUUUUUAACUUUUCAUGCCACAUUUGGAUUACAUAUGAUAUAUUUGUCAAACAAAAGGACAAAGGUAACUGUUCCUGCUGUAAACUUCUGUUUGCUUAAUCCACCUGGAACUUGGAUGGUGCUAUUCAACGACAGGCUCCGAUGCUGACAUGGCUCCUAUAGAAAAACUGCUCCAGUGAUGGCUUGGGGUCUUCUCAUCACCUGUCCAGCUUUGGACUAGAGGAGUGCUGAGUGCCUAGAGUGCCACCCACAAAGGCACAGUCGCUGUCACACUAAUCACCAUAAACUCUCCACUCCUCUUCUGUGGCGAGGCAUCAGAAUACUUGUGUGUGAGAAAAUGGCCAAUCAUCGAGACCCUCGCUUUCUGCACAACCUUUCCUACCACCCACGAUGGCAGCAUAACUCAUUAAAAGUGAAAAGAAAAAGGCAUAUGCGGACAGUGGCUUCAAACAUUUGCAAUGAACAUAGUCAGUUUAAAUCAUUAGAAUCUUUGUCAUCAAAACCACAGUUGCCAUGUUCCACUGCGCAACGCCACAGGAGCUACCGGCCAGUCUGGUUUCUUCUUCCCUUACUCAUGGUCUCAUUACUUCCCUGUCAAGCCUGGGCAGCCACUUUCAAGAUAGCCCUGGUUGGACCCUGGACGUGUGACCUCUUGUACUCCAAAGCCCUUCCUGAUCUUGCAGCGCGACUAGCCACUGCCCGCAUAAACAAGGACCCCUACCUCAACAAAGGCUACUGGUAUGACUACACACUGAUUAGCGAAGACUGCAAGUCAUCCCGAGCACUCGCUCGCUUUGCCGAACUGGAAGGUUAUGGCGCUGCCAUCCUUGGUCCGGCCAACCCAGGCUACUGCUCCUCAGCUGCUUUGUAUGCAAAAGAGUGGGAUGUUGGGCUUCUUUCCUGGGGUUGCCUCAAGCCCAACAUGGAAAAAGGAGGCAUGUAUCCCACCUACCUGCGGCCGCUACCUUUGUCCUCGCACAUACUUUUCUCAGUCUUGCGCUACUUUCGUUGGGCUCAUGUGGCCAUUAUCUCAGAGGAGACAGACUUGUGGGAAUCCACAGGACAGGAGCUUGCCUCAUCACUGAGGGCCCUUGGCCUGCCUGUGAGCCCUGUGGUCACCAUGGAGGAUGACAGAGAUGGGCCUAGGAGAGCCCUGUCAAGAAUUAGAGAUGCAGACCGGGUCAGAGUGAUCAUCAUGUGCAUGCCCUCUGUCCUGAUUGGUGGACAAGCCCAGUACCAACUAUUGACAACGGCCUUGGAUAUGCGUAUGAUCGACCGUGGCUACGUGUUCAUCCCUUAUGACACCCUACUCUAUGCACUACCCUACAAGGACUCACCCCACUAUAUGCUUGGCAAUGACACCAAGCUAAGGAAAGCCUAUGACGGAGUCCUUACCAUCACUAUGGACUCUGGAGAGCGCAAUUUCUAUGAGGCCUUCAGAGAUGCCCAAGACAGCUAUGAAAUCCGUAGCAGCACCACACCAGAGCAGGUGUCACCAUUUUUUGGCUCAAUCUACAACAUGAUGUACUACACAGCUAUGGCUACUGAGCAAGCCCGCGAAAGUGGAGGUCGCUGGGUAACUGGUCACAUCCUGGGUGAAAGCAGGGGCAACUUAGACUUUCAAGGCUUCAAUCAGCCAUUGAGGUCUGGCAAAGACGGUGAAGGCAUGCAGGCUAACUAUGUUGUCCUGGACUACAGUGGCAUUGGCUCCUCUCUCUACUCCACUCACUCUCUACAGGCCAUGCACACAGACGGCGGGGUGGGCAGUUUGAAAUACCUCAGCCGUUCAAUUCAUUUUGCAGGUAGCACGCCUUACACAGACUCAGGCUGCUGGUUUAGCCCAUACUUUGCCUGCAGUGGAGGCAUGGAUACAGUCACUCUCCUCUUUCUUUUCCUCAUAUUCAUUGCAUUGUCCGGAUGUGGACUCAACAUCUUUAUGCGUUACAAGAAAAUGGGCAGGGUUGGGUUUAGCUUUGGGGGUAGCAGUGGAUCAUCAAAGGUAGUCCUAACCCUUGACGACCUAGUCUUCAUCAACACUCAAGUCAGCAAACGGAAGCUCAAUGACGAUAGCAUCAUGAAAAGCCAGCUUGAUAUGAAGACACCACACCACUCAGUAUCCGGUCGCAGCUAUAUGGCCUCAACACCUGACAGCUCAAAUGUUGCCGUGUUUGAGGGGGACUGGGUUUGGUUGAAGAAAUGCCCCAAUGGAUCUGUAUCAAGUGUCAACAAUAGCACGGAGUAUGUCUUUGUUAGGCUAAGAGACAUGAGGCACGAAAACCUGAAUCUGUUCCUGGGCCUGUUCUUUGACUCUGGGAUCUUUGGCAUUGUGACUGAGCAUUGCACCAGGGGCAGCUUGGAAGAUCUGCUCAGCAAUGAUGAAGUGCGUCUUGACUGGAUGUUCAAGUCGUCCCUGCUAAUGGAUCUGAUACGAGGAAUGAAGUACCUGCACCAUCGUGACGUCAUCCAUGGACGCCUCAAAUCCCGUAACUGUGUCGUAGAUGGUCGCUUUGUAUUAAAGGUGACGGAUUACGGGUUCAAUGAAAUAUUAAUCGCCCAAAGCAUUGACAAUGACGACGAAAAGCCAGAGGAGCUACUAUGGACGGCUCCAGAGCUGCUGCGAAGUUCUAGCCAAAGGAGGCGGGGCACUUUCUCGGGAGAUGUCUACAGCUUCGCCAUCGUCUCACAAGAAGUCAUCUCUCGCUCUGCACCUUUCUGCAUGCUGGACAUGCCACCAAAGGAGAUCAUCAACAAGGUCAAAGACCCUCCUCCUUUGUGUCGGCCAACUCUGUCAGUGGAUGAGGCUCCGCUGGAUGUAAUACAAGUUUUGAAACAGGCCUGGAGUGAAGAGCCAGACAAGAGGCCUACCUUCGAGGAAAUCGUCAAACAGUUUAAGAGCAUCACAAAGGGAAAGAAGACCAACAUCAUCGACUCUAUGCUGCGCAUGUUGGAACAGUACUCCUCCAACCUGGAAGAUCUGAUUAGAGAGAGGACAGAGGAGCUGGAGGUGGAGAGACAGAAGACUGACAAACUGGUGGCACAGAUGUUACCAAAGUCUGUGGCUCAAUCGCUGAAGACAGGCAAACCAGUCAAGCCAGAGCACUUCGGCGAGGUAACGCUGUACUUCAGUGACAUCGUGGGCUUCACCACCAUCUCGGCUCUCAGUGAACCCAUCGAGGUGGUCGACUUACUCAACGACCUCUACACACUUUUUGAUGCCAUCAUUGGACUGCAUGAUGUCUACAAGGUGGAAACUAUUGGAGAUGCCUACAUGGUGGCCUCAGGAGUCCCCAAUAGAAACGGCAACCGUCAUGCUGCUGAGAUGGCCAACAUGUCUCUGGACAUCCUCCACUGCAUCGGGACCUUCAAGAUGAGGCACAUGCCUGAACUGAAAGUCAGGAUCCGCAUCGGCCUGCACUCCGGUCCUGUGGUAGCGGGAGUGGUGGGUCUUACGAUGCCAAGGUACUGUCUGUUUGGAGACACUGUCAACACAGCAUCUCGAAUGGAGUCCACAGGGUUGCCUUACAGAAUCCAUGUCAAUCAAAGCACAGUUGACAUCCUGAAUGAACUGAAGUUGGGAUACAAAAUUCAAUGCAGAGGCAUGACGGAGUUAAAGGGAAAAGGUGUUGAGAACACGUUUUGGCUGGUAGGGAGGGAAGAUUUCACCAAGCCUCUUCCUAUUCCUCCAGACACUCAAGGGGGAAGCAAUCAUGGCAUCAGUUUGGAGGAGGUACCUCCUGAUAGAAGACAAAAAUUCCUGGACCGACAGAAGAAGAUGGGCUAGCAAGUCCCCCACCCCCCCAAAUCCCAAAAUAAAAAGUGAGAUUUUUCAGAAAGGACCCACAGAGAGAAACAUAAAGGAGGGGUCCACAUCUCACUGCAGAGUACUUGACUUGUGCUCUGCAUACAACAAAACAAGCAGCAGCAAUAUCACAUCUGUUGGAUAUGUUGAAAUCAUUUCUGUACUAAAGUCAUUUUUUCUUGGGGAUUAUCAUUCUCUUAAUUCGUAUCUUUGGUAGAUCAAUGCCCUUCUAAACCCUCCGAGGCUCUGAGAUACAGAAAAUAAGUCAAACAGAGGUAACUGUCCGUGCUGAAUAUGUUCAACAUUUGUCUUUUACAGAAAACCUUUUUAAAAUUAGAGGACAGCAAUGGCCAUACCGUUAAAGGAUUGUGAUGAAUGUGUCUAAAAAUAAAUGACACAGUGUCAUCUAAUACUUUGUGUACUGUAUGUAAUUGUACUGAUAUUUUUGCUCUGUAUAGAUAUUGGAUAGACUUUUAUCAUGAUUAUCCCAAAGUAUACUACCACAGUGGUUAUAUUCAUCUCAGGUAUAAUGGACAGGAACAAUAGAUGUUUCAACAUCAACCCACAGUUUAGAGCUCCGGUCGAAAAUCGGCCGUGUAUUGAGUUAUAUGAGCAUGCGUGAGCAUUUUUAUUAAAACAUUUCAUGUAAGAGACAUGAUCUAAAUGUUGAUCAAAGCACCUGGUUUGUUCAUCUCAUAGUCUAUAUUUAUAUAUAUAUAUAUAUAUAUAUAUAUAUAUAUAUAUAUAUAUAUAUAUAUGUUAAGGCACUUAUUUUUUCUGGUUCAGUUUAAAUUCUAAUCCACUCUUAAGGAUUUAUUCAUCCUAAUUUAUCAGCCUCAUUAACUGCAUCUAAAGAUGAACACGUGAUCUAAAACUUAGUUUAGAAUAAUUUUCUGAUUGUCAUUACCAGAAAAUUCAACAUUCAAUUACAUGUAAAUUUUAAAAAGAAAUGCCAUAAUGGGACUGAUAUGUUAUUGUCCUGUAAAAGACUGACUUAUGUACAUCCACAGUUUGUUUUUUACCUUCAUUAUGUUAUGUUAAUACCCAGGUUAUGAAUUGUUUUUAAUGUUUUAUGUAAUGCUUCUAACAUCAUGCUGACAUUUUCUACCAAAUUGUAGAAGACGUUUACAGCAUGCAAACAAGACCCAAACUUUUUUACUCACUAACUGCAGGGCAUGUUCAUAACAGCUUCACCCACAGUGCAUGAAACAUGUUACUGAAACAUGCUGCAUGGAUUCUACUGCAUUGUAAUGGUGGACAGGAAAUUACACAGGGUUGUAAUAUAACAUCAACAGGAGGACCUGUGACUUCAAUGAUCAUCUCCAAUGGUGUGCUGCAGCAGAUUGAGCAUUUACAUGUGUUUUGCCAUCUUCUAGAGAACAUGUCUGGUUGUGUCUUGAGCUUUUUCAGCUAUUGUCUUCUUUUUGGGCUCUCCAAGACCCCAAACAAGAGACUUUAUCUAAGGUCUUCUGGGAAAAGUAUUUACUAAGUUCCUCUUGCGCCCAACCCCAAAGAAACCGUGUUGAAUGCAAGAAAACAUUUAGGGUAAGCAGGCGUAAAGGAAGGUGGGACACAGUCUUAUGAGUCAUCUGUCUUUUGUAUAUAUUGUAAAUUUGUACAUAUAGCUUGUCUUUGUGUCAUGCGGGGUUGGGGGCUUUUUAGUAAAGUUUUCUCUGCUUGGAUUCCCUUAACCCCUGACAAAAGGAGAUAUCAACAAAACAAUGGUUUAAUCACACUGAAUUCAACAAACCAGCAAAAGCAUUGUUCAAUCACUCUCUGUUGGCUUGCUCAUUGACUGCCGCAGCACUGAUAUUGAAGCAACAAUGCGAGGGCAAUGUCAAGAUGGGAUAUUCCUCCAACAACAGAUUUUUCAUUGGGAGUUCAUUGCUGACCACUUCUAACAUACAUUGACUUUCAAAGUUAGCUCAGAAAAAAAGGACAUUUAAAGAUGUGACUGUCAGGCUGCUUGAGGUGAGGUGUUUAGCACCAGCAUUGGCUCUUCAAACAUUGAUUAAAUCCUGGAUGAAGAGGAAAAUAAGGAAUCCGGAUGAAAAUGGAAAAGCUGUCUGAAUUUAUUUUGAUGGGUAUCUGCAGAACAAAAUAUGUUAUUUUAACACAUAGGUUGGCUCUACUUGUCUAGAUUUUUAAUCAAUUUGCCAAAUAGGUAGAUCUCAUCAAAACUGCAUGGACUGUUUUGUUCAUUUUGAAAGUAAUCUCAAUGUGUUUCUGUAAAUAAAUUAUGGUUUUAGUGAA